GACCAACAUAUACUGUAUGGUGGACCAAGGCACGUUCGUGGUAGGACAUUAUUGAAUCUGGCAACAGGCCAUGGAUUUCUCGUUUUGUGUGGCGCCGUCGCCGACGGAAGCGGUGCUGUUUUCCGAUAAAGCCACUCGGUCGCAUUGCAUGUGCUGCACGCGUCGGUUCCAUAUCUUGCGCAAGAGGACGUUGUGUUUCAAAUGCGACGAGUCAGUUUGCUUUGACUGCAUCAUUGUGUGGCAGCCCAAGAACCAAACCCAAACCCAAGUGCUGUGCAAACGAUGUAUAAUCAAGUACAAGACGAAAGAUGUCGCUAAAAAACCCACGAAGACUCUCCAACGACCUUCAUCUACCACCAAUGAGACGUUGCGAUGGAGCACGGCAUCGUCAUCUUGCUCGGACUAUUUGGCUGACUUUAACGGCCGACACGGAAGCAGCGAGCCCGACCUGGCUCCGGUCGCUCCAGUGGCUUCUUACAUGGAAAACCAUCAGCCCGAACGCUCCAACUCGAGGUUGAAGCUGUCACCGCAGCAGCUCCGUGCCGUCGAGUCCAAACGAAAACAAGGCACGCGUCAUGUGCAAUCGUCCAAAGCAACCCCGCGAACGCCUGCAUGGCACACGACUUAAUUAGGAAACAUGG